AUGGAUCCUCCACUGAUUAACGAGUCUUCCUUCUCAGCAGCUAACCCAUCAGCGUACAGCCUGGCAGAGAUUUGGCCCUUCAGCGGUGAACCCGGUGGAAGUGGUAGCGGGUUGGGUCUCCGAAUGGGUAGUUUGGGUGGGCUUGGAGACAGCUCCGUGAACAGAGAUGGGUCGUUGGAGGAAUCGACCGUGACUGAGCAAAGCGGUGGCGGUGGUGGAAGAAAGAGAAGGGAUGUGAGCUCUGAGGACGAGUCUUCUAAGCUGGUUUCCACUAGUAGUGCCAGUGGCUUGAAAGAUUCCAGUGGAAAACGGAUGAAACUAGCAAGAUCUCAAAAUGAAAAUGGUGGUUCGAAAGUUGAAGUUGAAGAAAGUUCAGCAGCUGGUGACAACAAGCCAGCUGAACAAAGCACUAAACCUUCAGAGGCACCUAAGCAAGAUUUUAUCCAUGUGAGGGCACGAAGGGGACAAGCUACUGACAGCCACAGUCUAGCAGAGAGGGCUAGGAGAGAAAAGAUCAGCGAGAGGAUGAAACUUCUCCAAGAUUUGGUUCCUGGAUGUAAUAAGGUUAUUGGGAAAGCACUCGUCCUUGAUGAAAUUAUUAAUUACAUUCAAUCACUGCAGCACCAGGUUGAGUUCCUUUCAAUGAAGCUUGAAGCAGUCAAUUCAAGGAUGAACAUGAAUCCCACCAUUGAAGCCUUUCCUUCGAAAGAUCUUGGUGCACAGCCAUUUGAUGGUGCAGGAUUGCUAUUUGGCUCGCACACACCAAGGGAGUAUGCCCAAGGCUCACAUCCCGAGUGGCUACAUAUGCAGGUCGGCAGUAGUUUCGAAAGAGCAACGAUAUUAGUUGUAGGAAUGCAUCUAAUCUUCGCAUGUAUCAUCUGA